CUUCUUCCAUUAUAACUCGAAGCAACGGGCCCUCGGGUUAGGGAUCCCAUCCCUGCGACCGCUGCUCAUCCCGAGCACCGCCGGCUGCCGCCGACCUCGUCGUUCGCGUCAGUGUGCGCCGCUGGGUGGUGGGAAGGUGGUGAUGGCCCCCGUCGGGAGACAGAGGGAGAGAGGCAUUAAGAGAUCGGGUGCCACUGAAGACAGGAUAAACAAGAUGCUGAACAAGCGCCUUCCGAUGCAACGAGGCAGAAAUUGGAGGCUGGAAGUUUCUUACCUGUACAGAUUUAAGUUUAUGAGGUUCUUAAAUCUCCGGGAGAUGACCAUCCUUCGGCGAAAGAAGAGUAAAAAGGAGAACCGGCAAAAGGCUAACUUGAUUAAAAAUAUGGGUCCGAUGGAGCCGAAGGAGGGGCGUUCCACUUCAUGUUUUUGGAGGGAUCCAGAUGCAAAAUUUUGCAUCAUCUGUGGAGAGGACCAGGAAGUGCAUUUGGAGCUGAAGUGUCCGUACAACUACCUUUCCCCGGUUACAUAUGUUCCCUGCAGAGCACGGCUUGCUCUUUGGGGCAAUUACACAACCACACUCCGUUACAAGUGCCCAAGGCACAAAGAGGAAGAAAUGAGAGAACCUCCCAUGCACGACGAAAGGAACUCGAGGCGCCUCGAGUUCAUGCGGUGCCUUGUGCGUGUGAACAACUUGCCGCGGCGCUACCACCCGGAGCAAUUUGCCGCACUGUUCAGCAGGUUUGGCCAGCUGCGGAUGUGGCAUAUAGCAACGCGCGGCUCCGGGGCCUGCAAGGGAUACGGAUGUGUCGUCUUCCAGAACCAUGAGCACGCCGAGGAGGCCAUUGAGGCACUCAACUGCUAUGAAGUCGGUGAGUGUAAGCUGCGAGUUGAUUGGGCUUACCCUUGUCUAAACUACUGUUGAGCCAGGAUUAUCCGUGUUGUGAACUGGUGUUGGUUUUGAUUUAAACAAAAAAUGGUGUUGAAAUAAUGAUGUCUGCGUUGAGGGAUUGGCUCCUGACUUUGCCAGUUUAUAGACGUGCAAGCCCGACACUGUUUGGAUUGGAGGAUUUUUAUAGGAAUUUCAAAGGAAUCCAAUUCCAAUAUUUUGUUUACGUCAUAUGGUGUUUGGAAUGAAGGAAUGAGGUUUCCCUUUCA